AUCAAUCACAGUGGUGGAUCCUUUUCACCCAUGGAUUGCCGUUUUGUGGAGAAACCCUUCGACUGGCUAACCUUUGAAAGCAGUUAUGAACUAGAUGAUGUAUUUCCCAUCUUAGAUUCGGACACGGAAAAAAUUAAUAUAGAAACACAAUUUCAGGCAACAAUUGAAACAGUUAGAAAACACUUGGCAGCCAGUGAGAUUUUUAUACAAAAUGAAAAUGUAGAAAAUAAUCAAAUACUGGAAACGUAUGUCAAGCAAAAACGUCAAGGAGGUGGAAAAUUCCAAACAAAUGAAGAAGGUUUUAAAGCCACCAUCUAUUUACCUGUCAAGUGCCAAGCCAGUAAAUCGGUUAAUCCUGUACAAGUGAAGGAAUUCAAUGGUACCAUACGUCUACAUGGAGUUAUUUCCUCUCGCGUGUGGUGUAAUCCCAAGAAUACAAUGGGAGAUGUUAAACGUUUUAUACGUGAAGAUAUUCUACGUUCUCUUAUGGCCCGCAUACAAGUGUAUUGUGAUGGUUUGACGGAACCCAAUAUCAGUAGUGAUGCCAUUUUUAUCUCUGAACCUCCUCGAAGAGUUUAUUUUAAUGUUAAUACCUCUACAACGGGUUCAUCAGGCGCCAAUAUACAAUUCUCGGAGUAUAUAUUCCGUGGUGAAACUCCCACGGUAGCAGCAGCCCAAGCUAAACAAAUACUCGAUUUAGAUAUUGCCACCUCUAGCAUAGUGGGCGAUGUGGAAAGUCUGCCCGAGGAUGAUUCCUUUAGUGACACUUCUUUCGAAUUGCAAACGGCCAAACAGCAACUCCUUAAACUAGCGGAGGAAUCAGCUAGUAAAAGAGAUCUUACACGCACCAUGUAUAUGUUGGGCAUAUCGGUGGCUCUUUUGGUACUCAUCAUUUCCAUAGUUAUGCACUACUUCUUCAAAUGAGUGUUUAGGUUCUGCUGUAGCUGUUGUUGCUCUAAGAAACAUCACAACAUGUUUUUAGGAUUUUUUUGGCUUUUAGUUGUUGGUAAAAAUGAAUGUACGUUUUCGUUUUAUUAUAAAUAUGUAUUUAAAUCGUUUUUUAUUGCAAUUUUUAUACUUAAUAAUUGUACUUCCUUUAUUGUUUGUUUUUUUGUAUUUUGUUUUCCGAUUAUUUUUUUGUUUUUGUAUUUUAGUAUAUUUUGUUUAUCUAUAUAUAAACCAUGUAUUAAACGAUAGUUUAAACCGACAAGGAAAAAAACGAAACAAAAAUGUUUAAGCCAUUAUAUUGGUUUGACAAAUAGUUAAACAAAAUAUUUAGAAACUAGUUAAAUAAAAUGAUAAAGAAAAAAACACAAUUUCUUAGAAAUUUAAAAAGAAA